AACUUCAUUCGUUAUUUUUUUUAGUCAAAUAUAGUCAGGCAAGAUUCAAAAUUUAAAAAAAAGUGAUUUAAGCAGAUCGUGAUAUUUAAGUAGUAGAAUAGUUGUAAUCCGAGAUGCAUUUUUUUGGUGCUCUGGUCAAUGUGCUGCUGGCUGCGGCCUGCUUGUACGCAAUGUACUCAUUGACUCCGGCGGACAAUCCGUACGGUUACUUGGCGGCAUCCUUUACCUUUGUGCACGGACUGCUGGGGCUGGUGCGCUCCUUCACCGACGAGCUCGACGAGUGUGGGCGCACCUUUGUGAUCUCUGCUAGUAUACUGGAGGUCAUACCACUGCCCCUGGCGAACAUCGAGUUCUACCUGGUAUCCGAUCAUUCAGGAGUGGCGCUGGUGCACGGCCUUUCGCUCAUACCGCUCUUCUACGACAUGCUCGGAAAGAUGGGAGACGAAUGGGACAGUUCCACAGAGACGCUCAAGGACCUUGCGCUCAUCGGAAACAUUGCAUCCACCUCGUAUCUGGCCAUCAAGGAUGGCAACCAUAUUUAUGCCGCUAUAGCUGCCACCGCAUUUAUAGUACGAUUCGGUGCGGCUCUGAUCGAUCGUUUCGUGGAAGGUCUCGGCGCCCAUGCGGCAACAGUGGGAAAUGCUGGAAUCUUGGCCCUUAUGACCUACGCACUCACUGAGGGCUAAUCGCUUCAACUCCAAAUAGAGCUACUCAGGGAAUUAAAACUUAAUUAAACUUGA